CCACCAGGCUUUGCCCCGGCACCCUGCACCCCACCACCAGGCUUUGCCCCAGCACCCUGCAUUCCACCCCCAGGCUUUGCCUCGGCAUCCUGCACCCCACGACCAGGCUUUGCCCCGGCACCCUGCACCCCACCACCAGGCUUUGCCCCAGCACCCUGUAUUCCACCCCCAGGCUUUGCCCCGGCACCCUGCACUCCACCACCAGGCUUUGCCCCAGCACCCUGCAUUCCACCCCCAGGCUUUGCCCCGGCACCCUGCACCCCACCACCAGGCUUUGCCCCAGCACCCUGCAUUCCACCCCCAGGCUUUGCCUCGGCAUCCUGCACCCCACCACCAGGCUUUUCCCCAGCAACCUGCACUCCGUCGCCAUGCUUUGCAGCUAAUGCCAUGCCAGGCUUUGGCACGAAAGUCAUCCUGAAAGAAAUGGUCCUGCUAUUCCUGGAGAGGCUCCCUCCUGCAUCAGAGGACCUUGUGUCAGAGUGCCUCACUGUCGCCGAUCGUAUCUGCACGCUGUUUCAAAGCAUCACUGCCAGAUUCCGCAACAUCAUUAAUGAGGACCUGGAGAAAUGUACAGACUCUGACAGUAAGCAGUACUGGGCUUACACCUUCUACUGGGAGUACAUGAAGAGGUACCCAUCAUCCCAGUGCCUGGGGAUUGAAGCCUUCACAUGUGAUGAGGAGAGAUGUUUAGUGGUGGCCAACUUGUUUGCAAAGAAAAUGUACCCCAAGAUGUUCCUCUCAGCAGAAGACUUCGACACGGCUGAAGAUUCAGGGAGCAAUGGAUCUGUGGACAUGAACCUGGCAAUCUCCGACGAAUUUGUCCCUAACCCUGUCAAGGUGUUGGAGGUGCUUCGACCCCUGUCACUGCCAGACAUCAAAGAGCCCUUGACCACUAUCCAUGACAAAGUGGUGGACAACACAACAACAACCCUGGUUGCUGCCCCAGUUAAGGUGGACAACAUCACAACACCCCUGGCCCUGACCAUUAACCCAGUCAACCUCAAGGUUACGGAUGAACCAGUUGACCUCCAGUCAGAAGAUGUUGUGGUCAUCAAACCAAAGAAAAGCAGAGUCAUGAGAUUCUUCCGUCGACUUUUCUGCUGCAUGUCCAAAGAUGAUUUCAAGGUGUGAACCUGACCAGCUUUUCAGCUGAUGACUUCAGAUCACACACACACAUUUACAUUACAUUUACAUUUUAUCCAGAGCGACUUACAGUUAGUGCAUACAUUUUCAUA